UUGCACAAAUACUUUGGUUAGUUCAAAAUUAACGGUCGCAAAACGCGACGAGUUGGCAGCGCUGGCAGGCACCAAUUCGCAAACGUUUCAAUUGUGACCGGCGCAGUCGACAGCUGUUGUGACGCGCUCUCUCUCGCUCUCUGUCGCUCUCUCUAGCAGUCGCUCUCAUUGGAGAUGUGCACAAACAAACGAAGGCGGCCCCGCUUGGAAAAGUCGCCAGAAAUGUCAGUUAGCAAGUGGAAAUCACCGGAAAAACUACAGAACGCGGCAGUUAAACCGAAAGCGAUUAGCAAGCGGCAAAACAGCAGAACAGCAGCGUUUCUUUGGCAGCAGCGUUCGUUGGCUGCACUGUGUUUUGAAGAAUGCGCGAAUGCGAAUCGCGACAGCGCAGCGGCAGCAGCAGCGGCGGCGGCGAAUGCUGAUAACAAAGCACAGUGGACAGCAAACAGCGCAGUCGGCGUCAACGUCAGCGUGGGAGUUAACAGUUAACUCCAGGAAACAGAGGCAUCAGCAGAAUCAGCAGCAGCAGAGAACUUGUCAAACUGAUAAAAGCUGCAUUUGAUUGCAAUUUUGGCGGCAUUUGCAAACCGAACGGCGGCGAACGCGCAACGCAAAAAGAAAUCAAUAAUAAACAAAACAAGCAAAAACGGUAAA